AUGGGAAGAUUACUUCCCACCUACAUGAUCCUGGGAAAUACACCUAUGGAAAGCUCAAAACCCACUAUAAUAUAUUGGCUUUGGCUUGCAAAAAGUCUACUUAUAAGUGGUCUGUUUUCUGUGAGGCCGCAAAGGAAGGAUCUUCCACCAAUGCUGAAGGCUAAUAACAAACUACAAAGAGGGGAAUCAAUGUUCCUAACUAAGCAAGGUGUUGCUGCAAUAAAGUGGAUGGACAAAAAGGCUGUUACAUUGUUGACUACUGCACACAAUUCAGGGAUUAUUACAUCUGUAAAUCGUACACAAAAGGAUGGUACUAAAACAGAAGUACCUUGCCCUAAAGCUGUUGCCGUAUAUAACGAUAUCAUGGGAGGGGUUGAUUGCUUCGAUCAAAGAAAAGAAAGAUACCAAAUAGGAAGAACAUCUGUAGAAUGUUGGCAUCGUAUUUUUGAUUUUCUUAUUGAUCUUGGCAUCGUAAAUAGUUUUAUACUGUGGCAAGUAAACAAGAGAAACAGAAGUUUAGACCACCUAACAUUCCGUAUAGCAUUAGCUCGUCAACUAAUAGACGGAUUCGAAAAAGGACUUCCUCGAAAAAGUAAAGGCCGUCCUGCUAGCUUCCAAGCAAAAAGGUGUGCAGUUCCGGAUGAUAUACGCUUAGCCAAUGUGGGAAAUCAUAUGCCAAAGAUGGUUUCCAACUAUAGACGAUGUAGAAAUGUAGCACAAAGACCCAAGAAAAGAUGA